CGUUUUCCCCUAUCUUUUUUGACUUCUUCUUCUUCUUCCUGUCCAGCUUUCGUUUCUGCUAGGCUAUCGGGUUAGUUUAGCCGUGUCCUUUUAUUUUGUUCUUUUUAUUUUGGGGUUUUCUCUACCACACUCUUUUUUUUACGGUUGUCGCCUGCCAUCCAUUCAUCACAUCAUGGGCAAGCUCGAUAACCCCAUCAGCCUGCUAAGAGAAAUCCUGAUCCGAGUGCCCCUCAUCAUCAAGACCAUUUUCCUCCAUGCCAUCCGCCUAUCCCACGUCACGGGGAAGCAGGACCUCCGCACCGAGUUGACCGUCGCCGUUAUCCGCUCGUUUCUCACCUUCAACUCGCCCAUCGGCCAGCAGCAAAAGGACAGCAUCCGCGAUCCCGGCAUCAAAGGCCCCAUGUGGGUGUCCAAGGUCACUCUUCCCCAGCCGGAAAAUGAUGUCCAGGAUGCGGUGAUCAAGGCGAUCGAGGAUCUGAAGGUUGGCGACGAGACAUACAGCAUUCCGGGCGUGGCGCCGGUUGAGGCAGAGUGGACGGGACAUCGCAGCGGCGUGGAGAAGAACACCCCUCAGCCGGAUAUCUCAGAGGAGGCCAAGUAUGAGGAGCUUUGCAGGGAGUCUACGGACGAGACGGUGAUUCUGUAUUUCCAUGGGGGUAUCUACUUUCUCUGCGACCCAUGUACCCAUCGCCCGGUGGUCACCCAGCUCUCCAAGCGAACCGGCGCACGCGUCCUGUCAGUGCGCUACCGUCUUGCGCCUCAGAAUCCCUUCCCCGCCGCUCUCGUCGACGCCCUCGUCGCAUACCUCUCGCUCAUCUACCCUCCCCCGGGCUCUCUCCACGACCCCGUCCCGCCCAGCAAAAUCGUCCUCGCCGGCGACUCAGCCGGAGGCAACCUCUGCAUCGUCCUCCUACAGACCCUCCUCACACUACGCCGCAUCUGUCCCACCAUCCGCUUUCACGGCCGAGACAUCCCCAUCGACCUCCCCGCCGGCGUAGCCACCAGCUCCCCCUGGUGCGACAUGACCCGGUCCAUGCCCUCCGUCCACCACAACUCCAUCUACGACUUCAUCGCCCCUCCGACCCAAGAUCCCGCCUCAAUCUACCGCCCCAUCAGCGUGCCCGAUGACGACAUCUGGCCCGCCAAGCCCCCCCGCAUCGACCUCUACGCCAACGCCAACGCCCUCCUCCACCCGCUCGUCUCCCCAAUCGCCGCCCGCAAGGACCUCUGGAAAGACGCCCCCCCGGUCCUCAUCGCCAUGGGCGAGGAGGGUCUCUCAGACGAGGGUCUUGUCCUCGCGCGCAGAAUCCACGAAGCCGGCGCCCCCGUCGUCGUCGAGCAAUUCGAAGGCAUGCCGCAUUGUUUCGGGAUGGUCAUGAUGGGGACACCCUCGGGCCGUCGCUUCUACGACGUCACGGCCGAGUUCUGUCGCGAUGCCGUGGCCGGUAAGAUGGCCGCUGGCACCCCCUUGUCUGGGGAGAUCACCUACAUCGGAUACAAACUUCUAGGGACCCGGCAGAUCCCGCUCGACAAGGCGGUUCCGUUGACGGAUGAGGAGGUGGAUGAGCGAUUGCGGAUGAACGCUCAGUGGCGGUUGGAGGGAGAGAGGGAACUCCAGAGAGAGUGGCUGGAGAAGGUCAAACUUUGAGCCUGUGUUUGGGUGUUGUGUGCUUUUUAUAUAGACCGGUUCGCUGCAUUUGGCGUUUUCGAGCUUGUGGGCUUUUCGCUAUACCCUGUUUAU